UAAAUAUCAAUAGUAAUGUAAUACUAAACAGUAAUAUUCAUAACAAUAACAGUAUUAUUGUAUAAAAAUAUAAACAAAAAAUAAACACUUUUUUAUUGAAAUCUAUUUAUUUAUUUGUAUUUUAUUUUGUAUUUUUUGUUUGUUUUAUUAAAUGAUUGACAGUUUAUUAUUUGAUGGCAUUAACAGCAAAUGCAUUGAUAUUUUUGCCGAUAAUUGUUUUGUUAAGAUAUUUCUAUGUAAACAGUGGUCAAAAUGUUGUUAAAGCCAUGAACUGGAGCACAAAAGAGUGGACAACUAGUGGCCGAUUGUUGGUCGACGACGAAGUAAUACGAUUGUCUCGCCGAUCGGCCGAAGAUCAUCAAUGGUUUAACCAGACAUUGGACCGAAUUCUGGUGCCACGUGUGUCGGACACCGAAUCGAUACGUGUGGUCGGCAAACAUAUUGCCGAUACUAUGCGCUCACUGGACUGGACAGUCGAGUUGGACACGUUUACCGAUCAGACACCGCACGGUCCGAAAAGAUUUACCAACAUAUUGGCCACAUUGGAUCCGAAAGCCUGCCGCCGACUCGUACUCAGCUGUCAUUACGAUUCAAAGUUGUCCGCAAGCGGCCGUUUUGUCGGUGCCAUCGACUCGGCCGUUCCCUGUGCUAUGAUGUUAGACAUUGCAAAAAGUUUAGACCGAUAUCUUAAAGCACACCGACAUUCGUCUGUAAGUCAUACAACAAUUCAGAUGAUAUUCUUCGACGGCGAAGAAGCGUUUGUCGAAUGGACUGAUAAGGAUUCGCUGUACGGAUCGCGACAUUUGGCCAAUACUAUGAAUAGCAAGAAAUUUUUGACGACUCGUGAAGAAAGCCAAAAGUGCGGCCAUUUGACUGACAUGGACUCGGAAAUAGAUCGCAUCGAAGUAAUGGUAUUAUUGGAUCUGUUGGGCGCCAAGAAUCCCACUUUUUACAGCCAUUUUAGCGAUACUCAGUCGCUGUACUCGAGAAUUAUCAAAAUUGAACGAAAGCUCAACGAUUUGAAACUAAUGGAAAGCAGUCGCCGAACCAAUUACUUCCAGACUUCCCGAUCCUUCUACGGUGGCAUCGAUGACGAUCACCGGCCAUUUCAAGAGCGAGGUGUUCCCAUAUUGCAUAUAAUUGCCACACCGUUUCCCAGUGUAUGGCAUAAAGAUUCGGAUAAUAAGAAAAAUAUAGACAAUCCUACUGUUAAUAAUUUGUUGAAAAUAUUUAAAAUAUUUGUCGCACAAUAUCUGAAUUUAGAUUUAGAUAAACAUUGA